UUAUAAAUACCCCGCCACCCCACUUCUUCCCUUACAAGCUAACCUUCUUUCUCUCUUCUCUCAACACACACACACACACUAGAAACAAAAUGAGAACCAUCCCCACCACAACAACAACUCCAAUAGCACCCGCAGCCACCACCAUAAGUCCUUAUUCUCAGCACUCGACGUGGCACUCUCCGGUUCCGUAUCUGUUUGGAGGACUGGCUGCGAUGCUCGGUCUCAUAGCCUUUGCUCUCUUGAUCUUAGCCUGCUCCUACUGGAAACUUUCCGGCCAGUUACUGAACGAAGAAAACGCCGAAAGGGACUUGGAAAGUGUUGCUGGUGAGAAACAGGGUGACUCUGCAAACAAGGACUCUGUUAAGGUGUACGAGGAGAAGAUUCUCGUCAUUAUGGCCGGAGAUGACAAACCCACAUUCUUGGCCACCCCGAAAGCCUCCUCUGUUACUCGCUGUGUUCCCAACCAUUUUGAGGAAAACCUCGAAAACCAUGUGACUUCUGAGAAAUUAGAGAAAAACCCUGUUCAACAACCUACGUCUCCGCAACCACAAGAAACAACGCAACAACAGAGCCUGCCACGACAAUAAGUUGUCAUUUGGUUUGUAAGUCUAUGAUUCUAUCGUGGGCUAGAUUUGAGAAACAGGGGAGCAUCUUUCUUUGUUUCCUAGCAUUCCCUCCCUCUUCUUUCUUUUCCUUGUUUGUUUGUAUUCUAUUGUUGUUCGGAAAUUGUAAAUUUAAACGAGAUGAAUUAGAAUUUAAAAGAGCUGCCAGAGUCUUGUAUUUGUUAAUGCAUCAGGCUGCGAAUGGAUCCCACAAUUACAAUGUUGUUUCCAA